UCUACAGAGCACGAGAACGCUCGUGCAUUUCUGAUACAACAUCGUCGACGAGAGGGAGAGCGAGAGCGAGACACGUUAUGGAAAACAGACAGGAAUCAAGCGGCAAAGAUCAAUCCAUGGAUUCCCCGACCAAUUCUCAGCAAACCGUGUCAGAGGACGAUGAAAUCGACUACUCUGUCAAGCCAGAGUUCUAUGAUUCAGAUAUGGACGACAAAGAUGAAAUGUGGAUGCACAAGCGAAGAGGCGGGCGUACUUCCGAUGCCAUUCUCAGCUGUCCGGCUUGUUUCACCACCGUCUGCUUCGAGUGUCAAAGGCACGAGAAGUACUUGACGCAGUAUAGGGCGGUCUUUGUUGUGAACUGUAAGGUGGAAAAGGACAGAGUUCACAAGCAAAGUGCAAGAACCCCGAGAAAAGGCCGGAAAAGAGGGAGAGAGCUCGAGCCCGUGGACCGUGAAGAACCCGGUCCAGCGGACAGCGAAACUUUCAACCCCGUUACCUGUUCCGUCUGCUCAACGGAGAUCGGAGUAACCGAUGAAGAAGAAAUCUAUCAUUUCUUCAAUGUCAUCCCGAGCGAAUCUUGAAGACAGAGAUCAUGUCAGGGUUUGUAAUGCUUAUGAGGACAACACCACUCAGUUGGUUUUUCUAUGAUGCGGGAUUCUGUCACGGACAGAUACGAGGAUCAUGAGAACAAAUUCAAGAUUUAAGGGGUUAACUGUUCUUGAGGACAGUUCCCGUUAGAGCAAAGCAGCUCAUUCCCCUCUCAUGCUAUAUGACUUGUGAUAAAGGAUGGUCAUUUUGUUUA